UCGAUAGGCGGUAUUUGUGUAUUGGAAACGCGGCUUAACUUAAUGUAGAUUUUUCCGCUGAUUCGGCUGCAAAAGAUGCACUUUUGAGGCGCAGCGAGUGCUCCCACGCCCCCGAGUUCGAGUUGCAGUCGGGAAAGUGCAGUUUGGAAAGUGCGCGAAGCUAGAAGAGCGAAAAGAGCGAUUUUGGAAAAAAAAGUGUCAAAGGCGGGGGAAAACUCACAGAUAAGCGAAAAUCUGAAAACAAAACCAACCACCGCUUUUGAGCCAGCAUCACUGCAGCGUUUCAAAAACGGGGAUAAUGGAGUCACAGAAGCGGCCCUCGUUGCAUUUACUCACGGAUGUGGCAGCAGGAUCGGCAGCCGGAGGAGCUGGACCUACGGGAUCUGGGCCUGGAGUUGCAGCUGAGAUGUCGCCCACUUCCGGAUUCCUGCCGGAUAUGCCGCAGUGGAAAAAGGACCUCAUCCAGCGCCGGAAAACGAACGUGGCCCGAACCCAGGCGGCGUCCAUCACCUCGCCCACCGAUGGCAGUUGUGGGGCUUUGGCUUCGGCGGAAGCCACCGCCGCUUCAGGUACAAUCACAGAACCCCCAAUGGAACCGGCUACAAUCAGUAGCACUAGUCAAAAGAGAAAUAUGAACGCUUCUGAGGAAAAGUCUGAGAAAUCUUCUAUUUCCAAUACCAAUUCCAACUCCACUGGAGGUCAUCACUCUGCUGUUGCCGUCUCCCUUUCGCCCGAAGCGGCAACAGCAACAACCGUAACACCCAUACCAAAGCAGCGAUCGAGUUUACGACUCAACACAAGAAGUCAAGAGAAAGAGACGGAGAUACCAAACGAGAGCGGCGAAACAGAGAAGGAGAGGGAGAGCGAACCCGACCCGCCGGCUGUGGUGAGUAGCCGGUGUGUUGAAGUUGAAUCUGGCACAAUUGGAGCAGCGUCGUCGUCGUCGUCAGCAAAUCAAAAUUCAAGCCCAAACCAACACCAUUUGAAAACGAAAUGCAAACCGGGACAGAGCGUUGCUGAGGGCGAGCCUUCAGCGAAAGAGACCACCAUCGAUAGCAAGAGCUGCAAGACCAAAAGCAUUUCCGAUAAAUUGCAAAGCAACAAGUUCAUCAUUCAGCAACAACAGCAGCAACAACUACAACAGCAGCAACAACAACUGUCACCCACGAAGGUAACGGUAAAACCGACAAUGGUCGCCAUGCAAGAGAUGAAGAAAACAACCAAACAAAAUGGCCAGCACCGACAUCUAGCGGGCAAAAUUGGCAGCGGAUCGGUGGCCACCGGAGAUGUGGAUGCUCCAAACCCCGUUCCAGAUUCACUCGACACUGGCGAGGACCUGAGCUACGGGCCCGGCAUUGUGUCAAAGCUGCGCUGCCGCUAUCUGAGCCUCGCGCUCCGCGAGUCCCGCCAGCAGAGUAGCAAGCAACGCCUCCAGCGCUCCACCAGCCUUAACACUUUGCUGGACCGGGAUGACGACGAGGUGGAAGUGGAGGAGCCGGAGGUGGUCAGUCAAGUGCGUGCCAAAUCCACACCGCCACCCAUACUGGGGGCCAAACCAACACCGAAACCAAGCAGCCAGCAGCGUCCCGUGAGCCUGGGAUCCUCCAAUGGAGGAUCAGCUGUUAACCCGCCGCCCUUGACCUCGGAUGGAGACCAACCAGGUGUCAUAGCCAAUGGAGGAGGAGGAGCAGGCUCGGGCAACCGAUCGCGUCACUUCAAGCGCGGCAACGAGGUGAUGAAGCGGGCCCGAUCCGUGGAGGCCCUGCUCUGCGAGAAGUCACCGUGGAACAGUCAGAGAAUCACCAAUGCCGCCGCCGCUGCCGCAGCACCAGCACCACACGCUCUCAAGGCCACCCCCUCACCUGUCACCUCGCCCACCUGCGUAACCAUCGAGGACAAGAUCCACAAUGCCCGCGAGCGGCUGCACAGCGGCACGGAUACGGCGCCGCCCAAGCGCCUAACCUCCAUCAUCGAUGACACCGAACGGCCGCCACCGGAUCUGGUCAAGCAGACACUCAAGAUGUUCGAGGCCAGUGCCAAUCGGCGUCCGCGAGCCGCCCAUCGUUCGAAUGGCGUGGGCGGAGUGGCCAGCAAGGUGGCCAGCUACAAGUCGAUCAUCAAGGAUCAGAAACCAGCAGCGGCGAUGCCGCAUACCAUGGGUUUUGCCUCCUCCACGCCGCUAAGGACCCCACAUCAUGCCCAUCCAGACAUCAUACCCCGCCAGACCGAUUCGCCCGUGUCGGCGUUGAGUGUGAUGAUGCGACGCAUUGAGCUACAGGAUCUAGAGACGCCGGAAAGGGAGCUGCAGUCUACACCGCAGAGCGAGGCACCAAGCGAGACUGAGCGAAACGAUCGCGAUGAAGGCGAUGGCGAAGGCGAUGACGACAGCCACAACAACAACGAAGACGACGGCGGCGACAGCAGCGACAACAAUGAGCAACGCGAUAAAAUGGGCGCGGUGGCGGCAGGCGAUAAGCCUAAGCCCCCAACGGAAACGGCAGCGGCAGCGGGAGGCGCCCAGCGAUCAUUCGCUGACUCGACGGAGAACGCGCAUGUAGCCAGCGGGAGUAGCAGUACCAGUACCAGUACCAGUUCCAGUGUACGAAAGCUGAGCAACAACGAAUCCAGCGGGCCAGCGGUGACCAAACAGAUUGGUGUAAUCCGGCCGCUAUUCAAUAGCCAGGGAGCUGGUAGCACGCCGCUAACGAGUCGCGAGAUCGAGAAGAAUCGCAUCAAUGAGAUGAAGAAGUCGACGGCCACAGAAGGCGGCGGUGCGGGAUCCGGCACCGGAAUGGGUACGGGAUCGGGAUCCUCGCCCACCACUAGUCUCGACACCGUGAUAAACACCAAGGAAGCGGCCACCAGCGAAACGGAGGCCAGCGCCUCGCCCCUGUGGACACUGCGCAAGCUGAGGAACCAGAGCCAGGGCGCCGGAGGAGCAGGCGGCAGCGGCGGGGGAUCGGGACCCAGUUCCAGCCAUCAUUCCACGGAGAACACCUCGAUGGUGUUCAACUUCUCCAAGAGCACCAAGGAGGUGCCCGACUACAUCGAAAGCGACGUUGUGAUCUACAGGCGCAAGCGGGAGCUGCCAAAGCCAAAUGAGCCUGGCUUCGUGCUGCUAGGCGAUCUCUCGGUGGAGACGUCGACGGACACGGACUAUGACGACUACUCCAUGUGCCCGCCAUCGCCGUGCGAUGUAGAGUUCGAAAAUGCCAACAUUGUGAUUGACGGCAAGUCCAGCAUACGCCAGAAACCCAAAGAGUCCACGUUCCGCGUGCAGUUCAACGACACACUGACGUCGACGUUUGAAUACCCCUCCGAGGCAUCGAUGGUCAUCGAGGAUCCGCCGUACGCCGAUCCGUUUGGCCAUCUGCUGGCGGAGCAGAUGCACCUGUUGCAGCACCAGCAGCAGUUGGAGCUGGAGCAGAUGCACCAGAUGGAGCUGCAGCAGCAGCAGCAGCAUCACCAUGUGACCGUCGACGAGAUCAUCGAGCUGCCCACAUCGACGGCGGGACAUGGACUCGGAAUUGGACACAGGGCGGGGGCGGCGGGGGGCGGCACGAUGCUGGGGAAUUUACCGUUGGGCUCCACGGCUCUGGGCUUCUACACGCCCGUGAAGGGCUCGCCGAUGGACAACCUCUUCCAGCUGGGAGUCACCCGCUACGCCCUGCCCGAGAGCAGCAGCAGCGGGAGCAGCAAUGGCAGCCACAGCCCCAGCAGCAACGGGAGCAGUCCAGCCGGAGCUGCGGGCAGCCGCUUGCUGUUCAACGGGAACGGCAGCAUCGUGGGCAUCGGCGAAUCACUGAUCAAGGAGGACGACUUAGCGACGGAUGCAGCGGCAGCGGGAGCAGGAGCAGGUGCCUCCAAAAAGGGCUCAGCUGCGGACGAGGAUGACUAUCAUCCGACGGCGACACCGGGCGGGGGAGUUGUGUACAGCGAGGGUACACAGAAGACCGAUUUGUUGUAUUAGAUUAAGUCGUCCUGCCAGCCAAAAACCGAAGCAAGGAGCUCUUCAUCUACACCGGUUUCCAAACACAAACCCAAUCCCAAACCCAAACCCAAACCCAAACCCAUACCCAUACCCAUUAACCCUAUUGAAAAGCGUGCGCUUAGGUGAAAUAUCUAUUUCGGUUAGACACAAAUAAAAAAAACGUAUUGAAGAAUGUGCAGCAAAGGCAACGUAAACCAAGUUUGGCAAGAAAUCCAUAAAGAUACGUAUAUAAAUAGAUAUUAUUUGUAAGUUUGUAGACCUAGAGAUCCGAUGUGUAUGUGUACAACAGCAAGCGUGUGUGUCUGUCUUCUUUAUAUAUAUAUAUAUGUUUUUUUUUUUCGAUAAAUUAAUAAUUAUAUUAUUGUAAUGUAUCUACGACGGCACUGAAUGAACAACUUUGCUGCUUCAAUUGUAUUUGUAUUGUGAAUUCCAUUUACGGCAUUUUGAUAGUAAUUAUACAACAACAACAAAUCAACGUAUUUCCGACUGCAUACGAAGGUAUCUUUAAAUAUCUUCAUCUACGAAGCGAGCGGUUAAGUCCGCCGGAGUAUUAACUUAAUGGUCCCCAGCGGUCUGAACUUGUGACCCAUCAUCCCUCUUCGGCGCCGCCACCCUUCAACUUCUUCCACUUUCGGAAAAAAAAAAACAAAAAUUAAGCCCGCCCCGCCCCCAUUCCGGAAGAAAGCAAAAGAAAAUGUAACAUUUGCCUCAUAAUUAUUAUAUACAUUAGCGCUUAUUAAAUAUUUUUUACAAUUGUAUUCCGUAAAUAAAUAUAAUAUACAUCAACAUCAAA